AUGCUGGUUCUGCUGACUUUUUGUUAUUGUACUGGAAAUUUCCUGGAUUUUACUGACCUGUGUGGUGCGCUGUUAGCCAAUGUCCAUGUGGCACUGCUCUUGGUGAUACUGAUGCAGAUGCCCAUGUACUUCUUCCUGGACAACCUCUCUCUAUUGGACCUCAGUGUAACCUGCACCACUGUGCCCCAGCUGCUGGUCAACCUUUUGGGAACAGACCACACAAUUGCUGCCUGGGGCUGCAUCACACAAUUCUAUGUUUAUACCUGGACAGGUGCCACUGAAUGCAUCCUGCUGGCCAUGAUGACCAUUGAUUGUUAUAUAGCCAUCUGCCAGCCCCUCCAGUACACUGUCACCAUGUAUCCCUGGGUUUGUGCACAGAUGGCAGCUCCCUCCUGGUCCAGUGGCCUGACCAUUUCUCUGCUCCAUGCCACACUCAUCCUCCAGCUCCCCCUCUGUGGGCACCACAGCCUGGAGCACUUCUUCUGUGAGGUGCCUGUGUUCAUCAAGCUGGCCUGUGGGGACACCUCAGCUAAUGAGCUGGCCUUGGCUUUAGGACCCAUCCCAUUUGGAAUGGUGGCUCCCCUGAUGGUGGCCAUCUCCUACAUCUUUAUUGCCAGGGCUAUACUGAAACUAUCUACACUUGAAGGAAGACACAAGGCACUCAGCACCUGCAGUUCCCACUUGCUGGUGGUCACCAUGUACUUUGGACCAGGCAUCUACAUGUACCUCCACCCCCCAGCGAAGAGCACACAGGCCAAGUUCGUGUCCUUCUUCUACUGCAUUAUCACCCCAGUGCUCAACCCACUCAUCUACACCCUGAGAAACAAGGAUGUGUAG